AUGGGCCUCUCAGAAUUUUGGCAGUACUUCCAACGGGAAACUGAGUUCCAUGCCCUCGAAACUGACAGUCAUUAUGGCAAUGAGGAAGAUGUUGAGUCAGAGGAACUGUUAACAAAGGGGAGGCUUGCACGAAAGUCGGCUCUUCCAAGAGCCUGGAUCUGCUUGACGAUUGCGAACGUGAUCAUACUGAGCAUUACCAUCUUCCUUGUCUUCACUGCUACGAGGAGCCUCCCGAGCAACGAGAAGAAUGCCGUUCUCAGGCCAAUUUCAUGGUGGUCACCGAUCCUCGAUGACAUAGAGAUUCCACGAUAUACUACAACGCUGAACGGGACGCUUUUUGCGUUACCAGAGGUAUCGGUUGCUCGUGAAGAGCCCAGUGCUGAUAACGACGUAGCUUGGGCACAAUAUGAAAAAGUCUUGACACAUGUUGUCACUCGGGAGCAGAUCAUUAAGCUGGGCAAAGACCCCAGGACAGUUGCUCGCUUCAAUGAUGAAUACUGGGGCAUGGGAGAUGAUGCGUACAUGGUCCAGCUCGAUGUGAUGCAUCAAAUCCAUUGCCUGAACCUUCUACGCAAAGCUGCUUUUGAGGACUACCCUGGCUAUGAGCCCGAGUUAGACGUGAAAGACAAGAUGUGGUGGAUUCAUCUUGGCCAUUGCACCGAUAUUUUACUUCAAAAUCUCCAAUGCAAUGCCAAUACUGAGGUCUUGACACUGGACUGGGUAGAAGACCGUCAGGCUCCGUGGCCAGACUUCAGUGUGAAUCGAAAAUGUCGCGACUUUAGUGCGCUGGUAGACUGGCAACGUGAAAAUGCCGUUGACCCAGACAAAUUCGAUGCAAUGCCUGUUCCUACAGAUGCUUUUGUGUGGCCGGCGCCUUGGAAGAAACAGGACUACGAACUUGGUAUCAAAUUAGGCGAACAUCAUGAGCAGGAAGGGGAGGGGCUUGAUGAUCCACAUAUGCAUCAUAACCAUCGGCGUGAGGGAAAUUGA